AUGUCGACAACCACCCCUAUCGUACCUACCGCCUCCGUCAUUAUGGAUGCUCCGCGUUCGCGCCCAACUUCGCUGGACGAAGUAGCGCCAAUGACGCCUCACCGCUGGUCUUCUAACGCCUCCGACAGCAGCAAUGACGACGACCUGGACGACCUAUUCGAGGACGAGACUACCUGGGGCCUCAACUUACCGCCUAUCGUGAGUCCAUCUGCGCCCGCUUUCAUCAAUACUUCUGACCAAGCUUCGCAGCCUACCUCUUCACCCAUUUCCUCUCCCGAAGACACCUAUGUCCCUACUACCCAGAAGCGCAAACGCGAUUCCACUACCACCGACGACUCCGCCUCCUCCUCCUCCUCCUCCUCUCCGCUAUCCAAGAAGGCCAAACCCGCCGAUGAAGAGACAAACAAGAAGACCUCAGGCAAAGAAUCCGAAGCCACCCGACGAUACCGCACCGCCGCCACCGCCGCAUCCCUAAAGCCAUCCACCACCAACGCUCACAAAUUCCUCGACAGCAUGCGAAAGCAGCGCUCCAUCCCCACCCCCCGCUACAUCCCCACCGGCGCCGAGCGCCGCACCGAAGUCAACGCGCUCGCAGCCAAGCACGUCCGACACGUCGCCCCCGCCAUGCUCGCCAACAACAACAGCAAUCGCGACGUCGGCGGCGCGAUGACAAAGUUUGACUGGCAAGAAACCAAGCGCGAGAUCCCCGCCACGCAGAUCAAAACACCUUCACCUUCAUCCACGUUCCAGUUCCAGAAAUGGGUCGACGAAGAGGAUGAGCAUGUGACUUGGCUGAUCAUUCCCGCUUCACGCAAGUUUAUCAAUAUGGAGGGGAGUAUGGUGCCGGUUGUGGAUAUCGUCAACAAAUCGAUCAAGUAUCCGGAGUGGACGUUUGUGGAGGAGAUCAAGGGGCUGCAUUGGAGGACUGGGAAGGAGGUGGUUAAGGCGGUGAAGGUUAUGUUUGAGAGGUUGACGGGGGAGCAACAGGUUGAGCGGAUUGAUGUUAUGGUCAAGCAGAAGAAGGAGGAGGAUAGGCAGGCGAGGAAGGAUGAGGCUGCGCGGAGGCGCAAUGAGAAGAGAGAGGAGAGGGCUAGGAAGAGGGCUGAGAGGGAUAUGUAG